CUUCUACUCCACUCACUCGUUAACAGAAUAGCAGAGCCCCGCGUAAAAGUUAAGAGAGAGAAAUGGAACGUUUAUCCGUGUGCGGUUGGACACCUCCAAUUUUUCCAUUUCAAAAAGCCGUUAAAACUCACCGCCGUCACAAAUUCACACUGAAGAAUUGCAGAGACCGCACCGGAGAGGAUGCUCCUCCCUCCGGUACUUCAUCCGCUUUCGCUAUUCUCGGCGUCCAGCCAACCUGCUCAGCCACCGACCUUAAAGCCGCUUUCCGCGCCAAAGUCAAGCAGUUUCAUCCUGAUGUAAAUAGGACUGGGAAAGAUUCUGAUAUGAUGAUUCGCCGUGUAAUUCAAGCCUAUGAGAUGUUAUCUAAUUACAGCCGAUCGGAGAUAAUUGAAAGGGAAUGUGUAGAUCCCUUUGAUAAUCCAGAAUGUGAAGCAUUUGAUGUUUUCAUUAACGAGGUUCUUUGUGUUGGAAAAGGUUGUCCAUAUUCAUGUGUACAAAGAGCUCCUCAUGCCUUCACUUAUGCUUCAACCGGGACGGCAAGAGCAACUUCUCCAGGAGUUGGGGAUGAUUACCAAGUUCAGCUUGCAGUUGGUCAGUGCCCAAGAAGUUGCAUUCAUUAUGUUACACCUUUACAGAGAAUUAUCUUGGAGGAGUUACUUGACAGUAUCUUGAACAUGCCUUAUGACAGUUCAGCCGAGGCGGAUUUGCUAUACUCGCUUAUAGUUAAAGCCAGGUUUGAGAACAAUCGGUAUCGAAAGCCGAAGAAGCAACCCAAAGCUUCAACACAACAUGUAGACUGGUUUUGACUUUGUUUUAGAGCACAUAUGUUGCUAGCAUAGUAUCUUCAGUCUUCAUAGUCAAACAAAACAUGUAGCUGGUCGCCACUGUAUUUAUAGGAGGAAGAAAUUGAAAUCCAGAAAUGCUGAUUUGGGUUGCCUGUAAAAGAGAUCAUUAAAGCUGCCUUGCUCAAGAAAUUAUAUGCCAGAUGCACUCAAUUUCAGU